UAUAAAAUGGAAUUAAUAAAUUUAUUGAUUAAACCUGGAAAGCAUAAAAUUUGUUUGUUCUGUUUUAACAAAUGUGCCGAUUUUAUUAAUAUUUACGUUGAUAAGGAAAUCGAAGAAGACUUUCUAAAAGAAACUUUAAAUGUUGCAAAUAUGAUAAAAUAUUUAUUUCCGUCGUUCGAAUUAACUUUAACACAAAUAUGUUACACAUGUAAUGAACUUGUAACAAAAUGUUAUUUAAUAAUGAGAAGAAAUUACAAGAAAAAGGAAAUCCUUAAAAAUAUUAUUAACACUUUAAACAAGGAAUUGAAUGAAAACGAAAAAUUGGAUUUAGAAGACUUAAAAAAAGGUUUUCUAAAUGUAAAUCGACAAUGUCAAAAUUGCUUUAAAAUUUUCAAUAAUAUUAAAAAAUACAAAGCUCAUACAAAAACUCAUCGACGGAAACGUAAACUAAAAUAUUAUUAUUGUAACGAAUGCAAUUACAAAAGUCAAUGUAAAGAAUCUGUACAGGGUCACAAAAAUAAAUACCAUCUACAAACUCGAGCCUAUGUUUGUCAGACAUGUUUUAAAAGCUUUUACCAUAAGAGAAAUUUAGUUGAUCAUAUCCAACGACACGCAGACACACAAAAUGAUAUUUGUGAAAUAUGCGGUGAAAUGUUUCUUUACAAAAAUAAUUUACUGGAACAUUUGAAACUCCAUUCCGGUGAACGACCUUACGAAUGUGAUAUUUGUGGAAAGAAAUUUAUUACGUCUGGACGUAGAUUAGAACACAUAAAAAGGACACAUAUGGAGAAAACUAUAUGCUGCUUGUUCUGUGAUAAAAAGUUUAGUUUGAAUAAGGAAUUGACAAGGCAUAUGAAGAAUGUGCAUUCGUCAUUAUAA